AUGAAGUUCUACCAAGCUGCAGCUGUUGCAAUUGCUGCCCUCAGUGCAGCAACCACGGCCAGUCCUAACCAGCCCUUUCGUCGUGAUGGCCAGUGUCCCAUUGGAUAUGCCUUGAAAACGUACUAUGUCACUGUUUCUGCGACUCCAUCGCCAUCGUCAUCACCAGCGUCGUCUUCUUCGCCUGAACCUACAACCACUAUCAGGACCACUUCGACGACGACGACUCAGGUCACCCUUGAAACAUCAAGUACCAGUCAGACCUCUGCUGGAGCGAGCGCUGUUUCGACAACUGCUGCUGCCCCUGUGUCAUCUGAAACGCCUACUGUCGCCGCCAGCAUCCAGCAGAAGCAGCCAGAACCCAGCACAACAACAGCAACAACGGCUGUGACAACAGCAGCUCCAGUUGCGACGACUUCAAAAGUUCCUGUUGAAGUGGUUUCUACGUCAGAAGUGGCUUCUUCUUCAUCGUCUUCUAUCAGUGCUGCCCCUGCACAGUCAACUUCUGCCGCGUUCUCUUUGACAUCCUCUUUAACAUCCUCUCUAGUGGCCCUGGGCUCUACCAACUCUGGUCAGGCUACGUUCUACGGAGGCGACGUUGCCGCUGGGACAUGCUCGUUCACUUCGUACACGCUUCCUGCAGGCAUCUUUGGGACUGCGCUGUCCGACUCGAACUGGGAUGAUGCCGCCAACUGCGGUGCGUGCGUGUCUGUCACUGGUCCUAGCGGUAACUCGAUCAAGGCGAUGAUCGUCGACGAAUGCCCCGGAUGUGGAGAGAACCACCUGGACCUGUUCGAGAACGCCUUCGCCGAGCUGGCAGCCACAUCCGUGGGCGUCAUCAACGUGGACUGGACGAUCGUCGAAUGCGGCAUCGACAGCCCGAUCAUCCUCCAGAACAAGGACGGCACCUCGCAGUACUGGUUCGCCAUGCAAGUCGUCAAUUCCAACGUGCCGGUCAAGUCGCUCGAGGUCAGCACGGACGGCGGCAACACCUGGCAGUCAACCACGCGGGCGUACUACAACUACUUUGAGAACAGCAGCGGGUUUGGAACGGACACGGUCGAUGUCCGUGUCACCAGCAUUACGGGGAAGAGUAUCGUGGUCAACAAUGUCAGCUGCAGCUCCGGGUCGUCGACGACCGCUAGCUCGAACUUUUGA